AAUGUAUUAUUAGAGAGCUCAGAUCUCCUCCUGCAACCAAGGACUCUGACCUGGAAGAACAGCGUCCGCUGGAGACCGCAGCACACAGGACAUGGCGAUUCUGCCGCACAUUCUGCUCCUCAGCCCCUUCAUUCUAACAGUGAUCGCAACAGGUCAAAAUGAUAAAAGGCCGUUGCUGACCACGAAAUAUGGACAACUACGGGGCGUUACGGUGCCAGUAAAGGAAACAUCUAGAGUCAUAGAUGCAUUUUUUGGAGUCCCUUUUGCAAGACCUCCAGUUGGACCACUGAGAUUUGCCAACCCGGAACCUCCUGAGCCCUGGAGCUCUGUUAGAGACGCCUCCGAGUUUCCCCCCAUGUGUUUACAGUUGGAAGAUCAUAUGAAUGGCGUAGGAAAGUAUUACCAAUCCUCCUUUAAGAUGCCCCGCACCUCGGAGGACUGCCUGUACCUGAAUGUGUUUGCUCCAGCCGACAGAGACAAGCAAUCCAAAUUACCUGUCAUGUUCUUCAUACAUGGUGGAGGGCUGGUGUUUGCCUUGGCUAGUAUAUUUGAUGGCUCUGCAAUUAGCGCCUAUGAGAACGUGGUGUUUGUGUCCAUACAGUACAGGCUGGGGAUCCCAGGAUUCUUCAGUACUGGAGAUGAGCAAUUGCCUGGUAAUUACGGGUUCUUUGACCAAGUUGCCGCCCUACGAUGGGUACAGGAAAACAUUGCAGAUUUUGGUGGUGACCCCACAUCUGUCACUAUAUUUGGUGAAUCUACUGGUGGGCUCUGCGUCUCCACUCUUGUGCUCUCUCCCUUAACCAAAGGUCUGUUCCACCGCGCCAUCGCAGAGAGCGGAGCUGUAACAAUGCCUAACUUCGUGGUCAGCAACUCUGAAGAUCUCAUCCCUUUACAGAAUAUAGUAGCGAAGACAUCAGGCUGUGAUCUCGCCUCCAUAGCCGACUGUCUGAAGAAGAAAUCAGAAGAAGAGCUUCUCUCCAUUACCAAAGAAAUGGGUUUAAUGGCUCCUCCUGGCCGCGUGGAUGGGGUUUUUCUUCCUAAACCAGUAGAGGACAUCUUGGCUAACAAGGAAGGACACAAGGUCCCACUUCUCAUUGGAAUGAAUAACCAGGAGUUCGGCUGGAUAUCUACUGUGCUAUUAAAUGUCACGGGGAUAACAGAAGGAAUGACGCGGGAGACGGUGAUGCAGAAGCUCCAGAAGAUUUCUCUCCUGGGUCUGAGUCCUGAUGUCCUCCCUCUCGUCACUGACGAGUAUCUUGGCGACACCACUGAUCCACUGGAGAUUCGUGAUCGCUUCCUGGACUUGUGUGGCGAUGUAAUGUUCGUUAUGCCGGCUCUUAAGUUUGCAAAAUACUAUCGAGAUAUGGGGCUCCCAGUCUACUUUUUUGAGUUUGAAUAUGCACCAACCAUGCUGGCACGGAGGAGACCAGACUAUGUGAAGUGCGAUCAUGGCGAUGAGAUCCUCCUUGUGUUUGGAGGACCCUUUCUCAGGGACGGUGUAUUAUUCGCAGGACCUGCAACCCCUGAAGACAAAGCUGUGUCAAAGGCAGUUAUGAAAUACUGGGCGAACUUUGCUCGGACUGGGAACCCCAAUAGUCCCGACCUGACAACAUGGCCGCAGUACGGCGCAGACGAACACUAUAUGGAGAUUAACUUACAGCCAACAUCGUCCUCCAAACUGAAGGAGGACAAGUUCAAGUUCUGGACGGAGAUCCUUCCAGAGAAAAUCCGGUCCCAGAGAGCGGGAGGAGAAGAUCACACAGAGCUGUAGAUCCAGACAAAGCAGCUUCCUACACGUGAAGGACAAAACGUGGAGGAGGCCGAGGAGCGUUCUAAUUCAGAAGACACUAAUAAAGUUUACUUUCUGGAA